AUGUACAGCGCUGCAGGGCCUCAGGACUUCAUGUGGCAACAACAAUGCUGCACUCCCAGUCACCCAACUUAUCGGUUCCAUGUGGCAGUAGCUCUGCCCUACUCACCUAGCAACCCUCUUUGGUGUAGCCGAGGGGAAAACUGGUGGAGCCAGCGCUUCAUCAACUCCCUCACCAUCCCCACAUACUUCAACAACUCUCAGAGACAAGCUGCCAAGGAUGCAGCUACCAUCACAUAUGGUCUUAACACAAAAGCCAUUGAAUGGGAAUCCCAGGGCUAUGGGAGAACACUGAAACAACUUGCAGUGUCUGAGUUGAAGACUGAAGAGAUUGACGGUGAACGGAAGGUCAAAUUGUUCAAGAUUGGAAUCGAUGCUAGCGCUUGGAUGCACAGCGUGUGUGCUGUCUUUCAGUUCAACCACGCAGGAGCUGGAAAGUCGCCAGAGCUGCGAACACUGUUCUUUCGGCUGGGCACACUGCUCAAGCUACCCCUGCACGUGGUCUUUGUGUUUGAUGGCUUGAAACACCUCCCAGAAAAGGGCCGCAUGGUCCGAAACAGCCCCCACUGGCUCACUUGCGACUUCCAGCGCAUGCUGGAGCUGUUCGGCUUUCAGUGGACUGAGGCCCCUGGUGAAGCCGAAGCCGAGCUGGCCGCAAUGAAUGCCCAUGGUGUCAUUGAUGCUGCGAUGACCGAAGAUAGCGACAUAUUGAUCUUUGGAGCUCCAUGCAUCAUCAGGAGCGCAAAAAAGGACAAAGACUACCUUAAUGUCGAGGUGUAUACAGAAGACGGUCUUGAGCAUGGUGCCUCUUUGGCCCGAGGAGAUAGGUUACUAAUCGCCCUGCUAGCAGGUGGAGAUUAUGAUGAAGGAGUGUCUGAUUGCGGCAUCAAGAUCGCACACAAGGUCGCGCAGCACAGCAAAAUUGGACAGGAGAUGCUGCAUGCGUUCCUCUCACUGGCACCAGAGCUGUUCUCUGAGCGGGCCAAGGAACUUGUCAUGGAUUUACGCUCUAUGCUUGCAACUGACCCUUACCAUUUCCUUGGAUGCUGGUACAAGGCUGUUGCAGAUUCUAUCCCACUCGAGUUUCCCCGAUGUGAGGUGAUCAGCAAGUCCGUCGACCCCAUCACAUCUUUUUCAGCCACCACAAGCGGCGCGCUUGCAGCACAGGAUGUGUUGUCCUGCCAGCCACACCUCGCAGAUAUUGCAGACUUCUGCAGGGUGCAAUUUGGAUGGGAUGAUGACGCCAUCGUUGAGAGGAUGUAUGGGGGCAUAUGGGAGGGCGCCUACCUCCGCACCUUAUGCAAGUUGCCACAACACUCGGACCAAGCACAUGCUCGACCAACAUUCAAAGUCAUUUCUCAGUCCACUAUUAUGGCAUUGCGGUGCGACAUCGAAGUCUAUAACGUUAAAGUCAAUUGUCAGCGCUUGGCAUGUAGCACUCUGGGAAACGCCGCUCCCAGCCAAUUAUCUGCAAUGUUUGUACACAUUCCGACGCUCCCACAACCACUCGCUCGUUCAUUUUCGAAAAUCAUGGUGCGACUGAGCAAGAGUUCAGCGAAAGCCCCCCAGUCACCGAAUUGUACUCAAAAGAAGGCGGCACGGAAGAAAGGAUCGGCUACCCCAAAAGCGGCCUUAGCAGACGUCCAGAAGUGUAAGGACCUUGGGAUAGAAACUCACCUACAGGCAAACAACACCAGGGCCAACUAUGCUGGUCACGUUCGGCGAGGACGACAGUGGCUGGCAAGUUACUUCAAAACACCAGCCGUUAGCGAAUCGGAGAGACGUGACAUUGCAUCAGACGACUUACUCAUUCCAAUGCCAUCAUCACCUGCGAGUUUUGACAUGCACAGCGACAAUGAUGUGCAUGAUGACCCUGCCUUCAAAGAUGCGUUUGACCGGAUACCAAACAGAUGCUCACACAAAGCACUUGCACUUUUCAUGUCCCUGAAAGGGUUCCAUGAGAAUCUAAGUAAAACUACCGUUGAGAGCAUCCGUUCAGCAUUUAAGAAGAUGUGGGACCUGUCGGAUGGUGACACCUAUCGCGGCAAAUGGCACUUUGAUGAGGCAAGACGGCAUUGGGAAGGAAACCCUGCUGAUUCUGCAGAUGUUUACGACGUGCUGUCGUCCAUCAAGCAUAAGGCUAGUGCGGAGGGCAGAGAUCGCACUCACUCGAUGGCAAUGACGAAGGAUUACAUGGAUCGAGUGCUCCGAUGGCAUCAGGCUGCGCGUCCGCUGGAGAUUGCCCUAUGCAUGAUUGAGAAAACGAUGAGCGGUGCUCAGCCUUCAGAUCUGCAUCUGGACUUUGAAACAAGGAAACAACUCACCCAACAUCUUGAACAGAUCGCACUUGCGGCCAGUGGAUGGACACUAUGGACAAGGUGUUUCGAGCUCAUUAAGUUGCAGCGAAAGGACAUCACGCUUGAUGUGACGAUGUUGGACGGUGUGCUGAAAUUAUACCUCGCAAAUGAGACGCUGACUAUGAGUGACCGUGCAUCUUACUUUGAGAUCUUCCUCUCAAACCAGAAGGGAUGGCAAAAGAAAGUCAACAAGGGCCAGUGGGAAAUAUAUCCACGUCCUGAGAUGCUGGCCUGCGACAAUUUCUUCUGGAUGUUAGUGUGGAUCAAGUGGCUUGAAUUCUUUCACUAUGGACGGACCCUUCACCCAAACGACUUCCUAUUCCCUGUGAUGGGUGCAAACAGCGUUGUCCACCCCGGACAGCCAAUCUCUCACGAUACUGUACAAAAAUGGAUCAAUGAGUCAACUGCCGGUGCUGGCAUCCUUGGUAACUUCUCAACUCACUGCUUUCGUCAUGGAGGCGCACAGUACUGGUUUAUGUUCGCUCCUGUAGGCCAACGAUGGACACUUGCUAAAGUCCGCUGGUGGGGUAGAUGGGCUGAAGGGGAGCAUCGUGAUACACUUGUUCGCUACCUCCUCGAUGAACUACAUGCAUAUGAAACUGACUACAGUGAUGCUCUUGCCCCCAUCUCCCGUGGUGCCGAUGUCUCCCUCGCCGGUGAACACGCUCUUGCAAGGCCGGCAUCCACUGAAGAACUUCGCAUGGUCCAUGCAUCCGUCGCAGCAGAUGUCAAUGGCCUGCGCAAUGACAUCAGUUCGGUCAAUAACUCAUUGCGCUCGCUAACAAACGUAGUUGUGCAGGCUGCCUGCACCACAGCAACCGCUCUACAGCAUCCUGAUUCCUCACGAUUCUCUGUUGUAUCUGACUCGUCCUGCACAGAAACUCUGAGUCCAUCUUAUGCUCCACCUGUUGGAGGAGUGAGUAUCACAGCUGUCAGUGCGCAGCCGCUCAUACUAUCUCGGCCUGUUGCCAGCAAAAUCGCUACCUCACAUUCCACCCAUGUCAAGGCGUCAUCACCAUCAGCCCGCAUCACUUCACGGCAACUUCCUACACCUGGCCUUGUGAUUCCACGAGUGCCAGUCUUGCGUCCAAACAGCACUACCAACCCAAAGACCAAGUCCUGGAAGGACAUUGUCACACAUUGGCUUGUUAGCGAUCCUGACCAAGGACUGACGACACCGCUCAAGGAUUGGCCAAGGGAGUGGUACCAAGGUGCCAAUCGACAGUUUGCAUCAAAGUAUCACCAGAGGGCAACCAUCGCAUUGGAAUUCAUCAAUCAGUAUGACUCAAACGAGGCACGCUUCCUCGCAGCUUAUCCGGAGGCUGAACUGGGGCACACACAAUUGUUAAAGGCCAUGAACAAAGCGCGCACUGCAUGA